AUGAAGCUUUUAGGUAAAGUGGCGUUGAUAACCGGAGGAGCCACAGGGAUAGGUGAGAGCAUUGUUCGUCUGUUCCACAAGCACGGAGCAAAAGUCUGCAUCGUCGAUGUGCAAGAUGAUCUCGGAGAUGAGGUGUGUAAAAGCCUUGUUAGUGGUGAGGGAGAGGCUUGUUUCGUCCAUGGUGAUGUCAGAGUAGAAGAAGACAUUAGCAAUGCGGUUGACUUUGCAGUCAAGCGGUUCGGUACGCUUGACAUACUCAUCAACAAUGCCGGUCUGUGCGGAGCACCGUGUCCCGACAUCCGCAACAACAGCUCGAGUGAGUUCGAGUUGAUCUUCGACGUGAACGUGAAAGGAGCUUUCCUCUGCAUGAAACACGCGGCUCGUGUGAUGAUUCCGGAGAAGAACGGGUCGAUAGUGUCACUGUGUAGCGUGGGAGGCGUUGUGGGAGGCGUUGGUCCUCACGCUUAUGUUGGUUCCAAGCACGCUGUUCUAGGCUUGACGAGGAGCGUUGCGGCAGAGCUUGGACAGCACGGGAUACGUGUGAACUGCGUCUCGCCUUACGCGGUUGCGACAAAACUCGCGCUGGCUCAUCUCCCUGAGGAGGAGAGAACGGAGGAUGCGUUUGCUGGUUUCAGGAGCUUCGCGGCUGCAAACGCGAAUCUGAAAGGGGUUGAAUUGACGGUUGAUGACGUUGCGAACGCGGUUCUGUUUUUGGCGAGCGACGAGUCGCGGUACGUGAGCGGAGAUAACCUGAUGAUUGAUGGAGGCUUCACUUGCACUAACCAUUCCUUUAAAGUUUUCAGGUGA